AUGAUGAUGAUGCGCCGUGUGAUGUGUGUGUUGGCCGUUGUGCUGUGCUGUGCCUGCGGGUAUACCAUGGCGGCUGCUACUGCUGCUGAUAAUGCUGGACAGCCAAAGGCAGUGAUGGCUUUUGUUGAUGAUGCUGCUAUUACUACUAGUGGAAGUGAAGGUGGUGGUGUCUUUACAACUCUCUUGUAUGAUAGGGCUGGAACUGUGUCACCCUCUACUGUAAGUUCUAAUUCUGAUACCAGAAGUGGUUCUAUUGGGACACAAGAACCGGCUACACGCGAAGGACCAGUUCAGCCGUUACUGGAAGAGGGUCGUACCCAAGAAACACUCUCUACANAGUGGCUUACAUGCGGUGCGGGCAGCCGUGUGUCUGCAUGUGGGAAGUACGCAGACCUCUGCCGCCAGCGUACCGCAAGAACAGCAGCAACAACAAGAACAACAACCACCGCUGCUACUACUACAACUGCUGGACAGCCAAAGGCGGAGAUGGCUUUUUUUGGUAUUACUUGGAAUUAUCCUCGUUACUAUAAUGAGUCGGCUGAGGACGUGAAAAAAAAGAAAAAGGUGAUGGCGAGUUCGAAUUCUGCGGGAUUCGAAGAUUUUCUUGUAAAAGCAAGUCAUGAUCAUUAUUGUGAUAAGUACCCCUAUUCUACUAUUGAUGGUGUACCGUGUUGGAAGAGGAAAUUACUUGAGACGAGU